CGGGGCGGCGGGGAGGGCGGCGAUGCUGCCCCGGAGGGUCCCCCCCGGUGAUGCCGCGCGUGUCCCCGCAGAGCACUACGACGCCGUGACUGUGGUGGGGGCCCUGGGCGAGGGGCAAGUGCCGAGCGCGGCCGUGCCGGAGCUGCUGCGUGUCACCAAGCCGGGAGGUUUCCUCUGCCUGACGACGAGGAGCAACCCCUCCAACCUGCGGUACAAGGCAGAGCUGGAGGCAGCACUGGAGAGGCUGGAGGGGCAGGGAGCCUGGCGGAAGGUGCUGGCCCAGGAGGUGGAGCGUUGGGAAAGGGCCACCUCCGAGGAGGAGAGCACCCAGGGCACUGGCUACAUCUCCGGGGUGGUCUACGUCUAUCAGAAAUGCCCUGUACCCCCUGUCAAGGAGGGCUGAGAGCCAACGUGGCCUCUGGCAGAGGCGGGGUGAGCACUUGGACCCUUGUAAAACCCAGCCCAGUGACCCCCUCCCCAAGCAGGGCAGCUGCUAGGGGGUGACAGUGUUUUUAGGGAGCAUUCCGAUCCCCUUCCCUGGCUCCUUCCCCCCAAGGUCUGGGCCAUGGGGACCUUGCCUGCUCCUCAGCAUGGGAUGGGUUUCCUGGUUUCACCGUGGUCUCCUGGGCACCACCAUCAGCUCUGACAUUCCGGUGCUGUCCCCGACACCUUGGCCCUCACCGUACCAUCUCACAGACCCACCUGGCUGUUCAGAGCCAUCUCCUGUCCGGGAUGUCUUCUCCUUGCCAUACCCACCUCUCGACCCUCAUGGUCAAAAUCUGGAUCCUUCUUCAUCUCCCCCACCCCAGACCACCAUGGUCUUUACCUGGGGACUGUUGGAGGUGGGUCCCCAUCACCAUAUCCUGUGGUCACCCAUCCUCGUCGUCCCCAGGAGUUAACCCAGUGCACCCUGAGGUGCAGGAGACCUCCUCGUCCAAACCAGGAGCAGCCAUGCCAAGGUGACACCCAGCCAGAGAAGUUUUCCAAGCACCACAUCAGCCUUUCAUCCUGCAGCAGCUGCUUAAGUCUCUCAUUUUCCUACAGCUUUAUAGUUAAUGGUCUGGGUGGGAAAUGAGCCUGGAAGGGACUUCAGGAGCCGUGGCUGCUCCCCACGCAGGAGCCACCUGGCAUGGCUGGCCCAGCCUGUUCCCCAAGCCCCUUGCCAUGCUGCCUCCACCCCUCCUCCCCCACUGCUCCCUUGGGAAGUUUUUUACCCAAAUCUCAUGCUGGGAUAUUUCCUUUUUUUCUUUUCUCUUCCCCCAGACCUGUUCCUGCUCGUCCCAUUCCCAUGGCCCUGGGGAACAGGUUACUUCCCCUCAGAAGCUCUUCCUGGUGGGAGUCAGUAGCUGUGUCUGUCCCUGGCCCCCACAUGGGGCAUCCCACAUCUCCCACACUCAUCCUGCCAAUGGUUCUUGUCACCCCUCUGCAUUGCCCCCCAUGUCUUGGGAUCCCUGUGCCCAUUGUGGGUAGCUGCCCUGCUCCCCGCUCCCCCUCUUUGUCCCCAGUACUGUCCCCUGGGCACUUGGGGUCAUGGCUGUCUUCAUGCCUGCAAUUGGCUGUUGAAUAAACCCCCUGCCUCCACUG